CAUUGGCCCCGCUCGCGCCCGCCCACUACUCCCGCCGUGAAUUCUGGGACAUUGAGUUUAUCACUGCUGGCAGAAAGAUGGCAGGCGUACAGCCGCCACCCCUUCGCAGCCUGGAUGAUUUCCUUCUGAGCUCUGCCCGGUUCGCCGCCCCCGAUGUGCGCGACCUGGACCGCUGGAACAACCGCAUCAUCAACAACCUGCUGUACUACCAGAGCAACUACCUGCUGUCGGCGCUGGGCCUCCUGCUCUUGGUGGGGUACUUCCAGCCCCUCCAGCUGGUCGUCGGGGCUACGGUGGUCACCUUGUUGUUCCUGAGCUUCGUGUGGGUCGCCGAAAACCAAGCUUCCAUUCGCCGUUUUCGCAGAAACCACCCUACGAUCUCCUUGUUGGCCAUUCUUUUGGCCAGCUACCUGUUUGUGUCGGUGCUGGGAGGUGUGGCAGUGUUCCUGUUUGGGAUCGCCUUCCCCAUACUGAUGGUUCUGGUCCAUGCGUCAGUGAGGCGGCGAAGCCUCAAGAACAAGCUGGAGAACAAGCUGGAGAGCAUCGGCCUGAAGAGGACACCCAUGGGACUGCUGCUGGAAGCCCUGGGACAGGAACAGGAGGCUGGAUCCUAAAGAGGAAAAAGGGGGGCGGGGGGGGCGCGGGGCUUCCCAAGAGAGAAAUGGAUGUGAGUCGAGUGGACAAGGUGAAGACCAGAGGAGAAAUAGCAGAACUAAAUAAUGGCCACCCGGAGAAGCAUCAGAAAACAUUUGAACAAACUAUGGAGUCAUCCCCAUUGUUACAGUGGGCGCACACAUUGUGGUGGUUCAUUGUUUCAACAUGGUGGAUGGUUCUGCCUCCUGUUAGUCGUGGUCACAAGCCUUGGAGUUGCAGAUCUUUUAAGUAUCUUCACAUUAACGUAUGUGAUAGUUGCCCACGAGCUCUUACCCAAACGUUGAUCUGCACUCCGUCUCCACGCCUAUCACAGUGAAACUGGCAGGCGAGAAAAAUAUUGAAGCUAGAAGGUUUAAUGCCUAUGGACUUGCAUGAUUCAUGUCAUCAUCCUUCCAAAAGUAUUCUAGUUAAGGGCUUAACCUUUGAUCGAAGCCAUCCAUGUAUCUCAUUCUGACACGAUAUGGCCGACCGGCCUGUUUACUACCACAGUAAUUAACAUUUGAAUACUUUGUAUCUUUAAACAUUCUGACUUCAUCUUAAAUUAUUGCCUUUUUUCUUUUAAAAUUAUAAUUUCUCUCAUUUUACAGCAUCUAUAUUGUUUCUUCUUAGAAAAUUAUAACCCGACAAUAAUCGCUUUUCCCAUUCAUUGGAACUUUAUUUGUUUUUUAGGUUUACCGCACUUUUCUCUAAAUAGUUUCACUCGUUUUUUUGUUGUCUUGAAAUCCCUUUUCCUGACUAACUUGAUAGAAACAGUGGAAGUAUUAUAUAGGUAAUCUGUUUUGAUUAUAUUUUGAAUUAUUUCAAUAUUUAAUAGAUUGACCAGUCAAACAUUUUUGGGCCGAGCCUCAAGUCGUGCUUAAUGAAUUCAUGUGUAUAUAUAUAUGAAACACCAGAGUAAAUCAGACAUAGCAAUUAGAGUUGUUAUACAGUCAAACAUCUCUUUAAAGCAGAUGAAGAGGAGCAAAUGUAGUUUGUGGUGCUGCUGAACACUGACAGCUGUACAUCUUAAUUUGUAUUAUAUUGGAUGGAAGAAACAAAACGUUAAUUAAACAUUUAAUUCAGGGCUGUUGUAUUACAUCACACUGGCAUUAGAUAUAGUGGUUUCAUAAAGUAAGAGGAAGUUGGAUACAAUAAUGGCAAUGAAACAGUUUAUAUUUUACCGGAUAGUAACACAUUCCACACACACUUACCGUUUGUCUUGUUACUCAAACAUCUAGAGGCCGAUAAUCCAUGUAGUGGUCCUCGUUAAAUCCACAAACAUGACUAUAAAUUAAAUUGAAGAUGUCACUGAACCGCUUCUGUGUUAAUAGUAAUUAGCCUCACUGUAUUUUAUGUAUAUAAUAUAAUGAUCAAUGAGGUUACAUACCGUAAGAUAGGAGACCUCAUUAGUGCUUAACAAAGUAUUUACUAACUAUGAAACAGUGAUCAUGGAGGCUACAGUUAGAUAGGUGACAUCAUUAGUGAUUAACAUAUGUGAUGCAGGGUUCAAUGAUGCUACAGUUAGUUAGGUGAACAAAACAAUAAAAUAAAUUGAUCUUGUUCAAGCAUAUAGAAGCAGUUGACCACACAUUAAAUAUAUCAGAGAAAUAUACAAUAAUUUAUAUGUGGAAAAUAUGUAUUCUCCAAAUGUUGAUUAAACAAACACCAUCUUGCCUAAAAAUUCCUAAAAUGACAUUCCGUGACUUAAAUAUAGUAGUAUUCUUAAACUUC